UGCGUUAUUAAGUCUGGACUUGCCGGCAAACAGAAUUAUCUUAGUGGCAAAUUAAACAAUUAGGUUCGGUAAUUAACACACAGCUGCUAUCUUAAUGAGGCUUGUGAAGCCGGGUUGGGUGCACCAUGAUGAUAAACCAAUCUUCUCGGUGGACGUGCAUCAGGAUUGCACAAAAUUUGCCACUGGCGGUCAGGGCGUUGAUUCCGGACGCGUUGUCAUCUGGAAUCUCAAGCCAGUGCUGUCCGAGAAGGCGGAGAACGAUGCGUCGGAGCCAAAGAUGCUUUGCCAAAUGGACCAGCAUUUGGCCUGUGUGAAUUGUGUGCGCUGGUCGCAAAAUGGACAGAUGCUCGCAUCCGGUUCCGAUGACAAGCUGAUAAUGAUAUGGCGCAAGUCGCUGGGCGCAAGUGGCGUCUUUGGCACUGGCGGCAUGCAACAGAAUCACGAAUCUUGGAAAUGCAUACACACGCUGCGUGGUCAUGAUGGCGAUGUGCUCGAUCUGGCUUGGUCACCCAACGAUGUGUAUCUAGCGAGCUGCAGCAUUGACAAUACAAUUAUCAUUUGGGAUGCGCGACAUCUGCCCGGGAUGGUGCAGAAGCUGAAAGGCCACACGGGUCUGGUGAAAGGCGUAGCCUGGGAUCCGGUGGGUAAGUUUCUAGCCUCGCAGUCGGACGAUCGCAGCAUUAAGAUCUGGCGCACUUGCGAUUGGUCAUGCAGCACCACGAUAACGGAGCCAUUUCAAGAAUGCGGCGGCACCACGCAUAUAUUGCGUCUCUCCUGGUCGCCAGAUGGUCAGUACCUGGUCUCUGCACAUGCCAUGAACGGCGGCGGUCCCACUGCACAAAUUGUCGAGCGCGAGGGCUGGAAAUGUGACAAGGAUUUUGUCGGUCAUCGCAAGGCAGUCACCUGCGUGCGCUUUCACAACUCCAUACUGAAGCGGCAGAGCCCCAAUGCGGACAGUCCCAGCAAGCCCAGGCAGUACUGUGUGCUGGGCGUGGGCUCGCGCGAUCGUUCGCUCUCCGUUUGGGUCACGGCGCUGCAGCGGCCGAUGAUUGUCAUACACGAGCUGUUCAACGACAGCGUGCUGGACAUGUCCUGGGGACCGCAGCAGUGUCUGCUUAUGGCUUGCAGCGGCGACGGCACCAUUGCCUGUCUGCAGUUCAACGAGGAGGAGCUGGGCACACGUGUCUCCGAGCAGGAAAAGAAAUCCAUAUUUGUGCGCAAGUACGGCGGCUGUGUGGAGGAGCAUUUGGUCUAUAAACCACAACAGCAGGCGGUGCCCGAGCUGACAAGCUAUGCAUUGCCAAAUGCGGCGAUGGAGCGACGUCUCCCUGUGCAGCCGUCACCAACGGGUUCGGGCUCGGGAUCACCUGGACUGGGCUCGCCACAACGUGCCAUAGCCAAACAGACUGAGACACGCACCAAGGAUGGCAAAAGACGCAUCACGCCCAUGUUCAUACCACUCAAUGAUGUGGAUGAGAACAGCGAUAAGCUGGAGAGCAGCAUCAAUAGCAACAGAAAUUUCGUUGCCAGCAGCUUUACCACCAGCAAGAACAACAAACUGGAUACCGCAUCGGAGCCAAUGUCGCGUCUAACGCAAUCUAGUGGAAUGAUGGAACGCAGCGGCGGCAGCAGCACGAUUGCCACAUUGAACAGCAGCCAUUGUGGCGUUGCUAGUGUCACUGGCGGCGCCGGCACCUUGGCCACUAAGCUGCAGAUAACGGCAAAUAGCAAAAGCGAGUUCACCAAAUCCGCGCAGGAUUAUCGCAUACACGUGCAGAAUGGACAUCUGAAGACAGGCUACGGCAUGGUGUCCAAGGUGACGGCAAUGAUGAGCCGCGAGCUGCUCUGGGAUAUGUAUGUGGGCUCGCCGCUCAUCAAUGUAACGCUCUGCAGCAAAUUUGUCAUGCUCUGCUCACUGGAUGGCAGCAUGCGUCUGCUGGCCAUGCAAACGGGCUGUCCAGUGUUUCCCGCCAUGACGCUGGCCAGCCCGGCGCUCAACUGCGCCUUUAGUUCCGACUUUCAAAUGGUGGGCGUGAUAACGGACAGCGGUCAACUGCGCGUUUGGAACAUAGCCAAGCGCUGCGUUUGUGUCUCCACGGGCUGUCUCGAGCUGCUAACCAAGCACGGGGUGCCGUCACAAUUUGUUAUAACAGAUCAGGGCAUGCCGCUGCUUGGCUUUGGCAAAGCCGCUUCCUAUUCAUAUUGCGAGGACUUGAAAUCGUGGCUUUUGCUGGGCUCAAGUGAUGCUAUCAUGCUGAAUGGCAUACGUGGUUCGCUGCCACGUGAUCUGGAGCACAUGCAGAAAAAGUUUCCGCUGCUUAGUAUGCAGGCAAGCUCUCAUAACUACCUCAGUCUACGCGGUCCAGUGGAAAUCGAUCCAGAAAGCUGGCAGCAAACAGCCAAAGUCUUAUUUCUGGAAAACCAAAUCAAGCUGUGUGAAUCGCUUCAAGCUUAUGAGGAACUCAAGCACUGGCAUGUCAUGUUAACCUUUCAACUGGCCACCUAUGCCACUGAGAAACGAUUGCGGGUUUUUCUAGACAAUUUAAUAAGCAACGUGGAGCGUGUGGAAGAGCAGCUGUCAGAGGCAGCAACACCAAUUAGAGCAGCAGCACAACAAUGCGCAGUCGCCAAGCACGAGCUGAUGCAAUGUGUGCUCGAUUCUUUGAAGCCACACAUACAAUGGGAGCACAUUUAUGAUGAGUAUAUGGAGAGCUACAAACGAUUUAGCGAUCACUAUUCUACGGAGCAGCCGGUAGCAGCCAGCUCUGCCAUCACCUAUCCCAUGCCAACAGCGCCGUGUCCACGCACACGCGCCGCUGCUGCUGCAGAGGCAGCUAUUGAGGCACUGCUUACUGCAGAGGUGUCAUCGCCGUCGCCCGCAGCCAAGCUUGAUAAGGAUGAUGAUUCCGAAGAUACAACAUCCUCAUCACCGGCAGCUUCAGCAGCCACACCAGAGUCCACCACACUCGAAGCGGACAAGAACUGAUAGUCCCAAGUCAAAAUGAUAUUUCGUAAACAAAAAGAAACUGUCAAAUAUAGUUGUAAGCGUCA